UGAAUAUAAUCAUAUUCAUGACAUUAAGAACCUGAAAUUCUGAUUUUUGUGGGAAUGCAAAUACAAAUACAACUUAAACAGGUCAAACAGCUCAUGACAUCACAAUCAACAAUCACCAGACAGAUUUAUUUUUCAAAUUGCCAGUAGUCUAUGACGCUGAUUUGCAUUUUUCAUUUUGCAUUUUGCAUAUUGGUAAAAUAUUCAACAUAUGCAUUUUACAUGAUUUUCUAAUCUAGCUAAUGUCAAUUCUAUACAAUCUGAUUCAUGUAUUCUGGUACUCUUAAUGACAGAGAUUAAAAAAUGUCAUGGUUGCCUCUUUGAAUCUUUGUCUAUUCAUGAUAUUAUUUAGCUUAUAUCAAUUCUAGUUGUUGCUAGACCUUGGUCAUGUGCACUGAUUAAUGCUUGAUGAGCAAGGAUAAUAGUACAUUAGCUACAGCUGGAAGAUGUCUUUUAAAGUAAGGGGGGACCAUGAGUAUGCGUAAGAGCAAGUGUUGAAGGAUGUAGACACCAGAGCCUGACUGCUCGGACGAGCUGGUAUAGUGCUCGAACGAGCAUGUUGAUCCAUCAACCCGUGUUCGUCUACUAUGGCAUUGUUGUCGGAAUAUAUUCUAACCCUACCUUGGGCUAUUUAGGUAGAGCACUCCUUUGUACAUCAGUGUAGAACCAAGCAAUAUGCUUGAGCCUCCCAUAUCCUAUCCUUAUCAUACUUGUAAUUCUCUACUCAUGUUUAGCUUUCUUGCAAACACUCAUGUACCUCUAUUGAUGUAAUUCUUUCAAGUUAUAUUGAGCUUUUAACUCUUAUAUCCUUUAAACGCAUAAUGAAUAUACUACCCUAGGAUGGUGGAUGUAGCCUCAACAAUGGUGAACUAACUCAAAUCAUAAUGUUAAUGUUUUGAUUAGUUUUUCUCAUGUUAAACGCCUUAAUACUUACAAAUAACCUUGUUUAAUUAGUAUACCUUCAAGAUUAUUCUUGGCAAAUUUAAGCUUCACUUCCGCUCUCAUUAGGCCUCUCCAACAGCUCAAGUACAUAGUAUAAUUAUAUUUCAUUAUUAUUAAUUAGGUAGAUAUAAUACUUUCAGUACACAUAACACACAUAUUCUUUCUUUUUCGGAGAAAACGAACAUUGUUGUUUAGGCUUUAAAUAUAUAUGUUCUUAAGUGUUACUCAUAUGUUUUAUAGAAAUUGGUACGUUAGAGACGGAGGAGUAGUGUUUAAAUAUUACUACACAUGCAUAACCAAAAAAGCCAAAUUUUGUAUUAUUAUUUGCAUCGGCACCAGGUUUGGUAAUUAUUUGAAUGGCUAGAAGUGAAAAAUAUUUUCUUCUUUGUUAAGCAAUUUUCAAUAUUGAAAGUCCUCCCAAGUUUGUUCUCUUCCCCUUAACUUAUUUACUAAAUAUAGAAGAUUCAUAUUACCAUUGAUUUUUCCUAAUUUUAAGAUUGUGACGUUGUUAAAUAUAUAUCCUGUUUUCUCUAUCCUUCUCUUUUGACUAAUCUGAUUCUCCUCUCAAGGAGGACUUGAAACCCCAAAAUAAAUUUUUUAUACAAAAAAACCAAAAAAAUUGAAAUUUUAAAAGGAAAAAAAAAAUUAUACUUAAAUAGAAGAUUCAUAUUACAAUUGGUGGGGUUUAUUCUUUUUAAUUAGGCUAUAUUCAUUGUAAUUAAAGAUUAUUGGGGCUGAUUUUGCAUUUUCAUUAUCAUUAUUGCAUAUUUUCCCCUGCAUAAAGUUUUUUAUAUUUUAAAUUUAUUUUUUCAAUUGAUCAAGACUUUAAAUAUGCCAAACUUUCGAGGAAACUAAAAGUGGUCAAUCUUUGCAGAGAAAAUUUUUUCAGCAGUCAAGAAAUGCAACAAAUGAGUCAUGAAAAUAUCAUGGAGGAGCUCAAUGAGGUGAAAGCACAAUUGGGUUCAACCGAGAGGGAGAAAAACCAUGCUCUUAAUGAGAUAAAAGAAAUCAAAAGCCGGAUAAGCAGUUUCGAGUUAGACGAUUUGAAGAAAUCGCUUCGAAAUGCAGAAACAGAACUGCGGGACAAGGACAUGGCCAUCGAAUCCCUGAAAUCUGAACUCGAUAAUCUGAAACAGCUUGAAUUGAAGUUGAAAGAGAAGGACUCGUUAUCUGACGAUAGCAGAAAGAAGGUGGAAGAAUUGGAGGAUGAAAUUCGGAAAAGGAAGGAUUCUGAAGCGACGUUGUCUGAAUCAUUUGCGCGUCAAACAAGUCAGAUUGAGGAAUCGUCGAUUUUGUUAAAGAAAUUGAAACUUCAAAUCUCUUUACUGGAAGAGAAAAUGCAAAAACUGGUGGAGGAAAGCGAAAGGAAAGAUAAAGAAGCAAUGGAAGAGAGGGAGAGACUUAUGAAUGAAGUGUCGGUGUUGAACAAAAAUGCCUCUUGUGCUACUGAGAGACGUAGAUCUGGAUCUUUAGAGACGGAAAAUUUGUUGGAUGAGAUUGAUAUUCUAAAGAAUGAGCUGAAACGGGCUAUGGAAUCAGAAGUCACAAGCAAGAAAGCCAUGGAUGAACUCGCGGUAGCUUUGAAAGAAGUUGCCGCGGAAUCCAACCAGGCUAAGGAGAAGCUUAUAUCUACCGAGCAACAUCUUGAAGCGGUGAAGGAAGAAGCAAGCAUUUUGAAAAAGAUGGUGAAGAGCAAUGAAGAGAAUUAUGAAGCACUCUUGAAAGAAUCGAAAAUAGAGAAUGAUCGGCUGAAAAAUACAGUUAAUAGAUUAAGAUUAGAGGCAGAAGAAUCUCUUUUAGCCUUCAAUGACAAAGAAGUUCAAUUUGUCAAUUGCAUAAAGAAAACCGAGGAGGAGAAAAGUAUUGCCCAUAAAAAAUACACGAAAAUGGAUGCGUCUUUGAAAGAGGCCGAAGAGAUGAGUGAAAAGGCGAAGGAUGAGAAUAAGAAGUUGAGAGAUAUACUUAAGCAAGCUUUGAAUGAAGCAAAUGUGGCUAAAGAGGCUGCUAAUCUUGCUAAAACCGAGAAUUCUUAUUUGAAGGACUCUCUUAUAGAGAAGGAUAAAGCCCUUGUUACCCUUGCACAGGAAACUGAGCGCCUUCGGAUCAAUGAAGCUGAGGCGAAUGAAAGCAUUAAAGAAUUGAAACGGGUAAUUUCGUUAGGGUCUAAAAAGGAGGUUGCAAGACACGAGAAGGAAAACAAAGAGCAUAAAAAGGAGAAAGAGAACAAAGAUCAUAAAAAGGAGAGGGAUAGCAAAGAGCUUAAAAAGAUAGCGAAAAAAGAAAUUGCAGCCGAAAACACAGACAAGGAACAUAAAGAAGGCCGCAGAUUGAGUAACACAUUUAGUUUCGAUCUGAACCAUCUUUGGCCUUCGAUCCCUGGUAUGACGUGCAGGUCGAGCAAGGAUUUUGAUGCAGAUUUCGAGGAGGAUGAUGUGCUGGGCGGUUCCAUUUUCGACGUUGUAGAUUCCCCGGUGAAGGAUAUUGCAUCAUUCCAUCAAAGAACUUCAUCAGCUUGCAGCAGUGAAGACAAUCUGAAUUUAGAUCAUUUUGAUGAGGAUGCACAUUAUGAUGAUUUGGAGAUCGAUAGCCAUGAUAGGACCUCUCAUGGGCCGAGGAAAGCUCUGUAUAGGAAAUUUAGCGACCUCUUGCGAAGGAGAAGCUCUCACCCUCCUAAGGACUUACCUCACCCACCAAAAGAUGUCUCACAUUCGCCUAAGGAAAUACCAGCAUAAUAAUAGCUAAUUCUAAUAUCACAUUUCCUCUUUUGGCAUAUUCACAUGAAAUGUAUCAUUUCCUUAUAUAGUAACCUUUUUCCCUUACUUAUGCCCUUAUUGGAUUUAACUAUUUAUACAAUUGUCAUUAAAUUAUCGUUGUUUCCCUUGCUCACUUUUCCUAUGUGAUCCAUGUGAAUCUUCCCCCAUGGUGCAUUUGAUUAGAAUAUGAGGGAGUAAUAUUUGUAUUUUUUUUUUCUUUCUGUUUUACUGUCAAUCGUGUGCAUCUACUUUGGAUCGACGACUUAGGCCCUUAUCUCCACCAUUGGCAAAAGUUUGUGCACAUAUUUUGAAUGGUAAGGUUUGUUUUACAGAUUUUUACGCGCUAAUGGAAGUAUCGAUCAGCACGUUUCUGGUAUGCUAUGCACCAAUGAGGCAUCAACAAUGCAAGUUAAGUAUCGAUCAGCACGUUUCUGGUAUGCUAUGCACCAAUGAGGCAUCAACAAUGCAAGUUAAGUUAUACCAGUUCCAGCAUGUACGAAUUUGUAUGUCAAACUUGAUCUCGAACACUUAUUCAACGACAAAUUGUUGUAUAGUGAAUUGAAUAGUGUUAUCUUGAAUAGUGUUAUCUUAAAUUGCCAUCAGUAAGACAGAAGCAACCAUGUACAGA